GUGUGUGUGUGUGUGUGUGUGUGUGUUUUGAAGUUGGAGCUUUGUAGGGAGCUGAGCCCUCCCCGCAACAGCACCCUCUUUGCUGUGUGUGUGUGUGUGUGUGUGUGUGUGUAUGUGUGUGUGUGUGUGUGUGUCGGCUGGAGUGAACAUGGCGGAGCGGAGCAGGAUGCGUUCAAGCGCCGAAGGAAAGUUGCUGUUGUAAAGUGAGCCCGCAUCGCUUUGUCUGCGGGGAUCGCGGGCGAUGAAGCGGUGAUGCCUGGUCAGCACUUUCCAUAACAGCAAAGUCGAGCUUCUCCAAUCCAUGUAACGAGAAGUGUCUGCACUAGUGCAGGUGCUGUGCAUCCUUAGCUUCUUCAAUGUAUCUAUUGUUCGAAGAGACGAAUGACCCACCAAAGGAACAUAGAUGAAAAAGAAACAUACAUCCCACGGACUGAUCUGUGGACAUUUGUUGCUAGGGGUAUUUUCAUAAACCUGGAGGAGCGGCGAGCCUGUCGCUAGCUAUGGGUGACAUGGUCACCUAGACGCAAUGGCUGUGUCUUAGGCCAAGUCUGGUUGUUCCUCUUCCUCAAGAAUUUUUGGUGCUUUUCCUGCAACCCUGGCCCUGCUAGCCAUGGCUGCUGUGAGGAAGUUGACUCGCACUGUGCGCCAGCAGGGCCUCCACCGCCUGGUUCUGGCUCUUAUCCUCUUCUGCCUGCUUUCCAUGGCCUAUCUGGCCUACCAUGUCAGUGGUGGCCCUAAGAUCAAAGAAGCUCCUCCUUUGCCACUGGGGGAAUGUGUGACCGCAGCUCCCAUCACUGUUAGCCAGCGGGUUCCUCUGUUCCUGCCCUCUGAGCUGAGUCAUCGGUGGCAGGCAUCAAGGAAGCUAGACACUACACGCAUUGAGCCUGUGGUGCUGCUGUUCAUAGAGAGCAUUUACUCCCAGCUGGGCCAAGAGAUUGUAGCCAUAUUGGAGUCUAGCCGAUUUAGGUACCACACUGAAAUUUCUCCGGGUAAAGGUGACAUGCCUGCAUUGGCCUGGCGGGGCAAAGGCCGCUACACUUUAAUCAUCUAUGAAAAUCUGCUCAAGUACGUCAACCUGGACUCCUGGAAUCGGCAGCUGUUGGAUAAGUACUGCCAAGACUAUGGCGUGGGCAUCAUUGGUUUCUAUCGUGCCAAUGAAAACUCUCCAUCUAGCGCCCAGCUCAGAGGAUUCCCACUUUUCCUGCGCUCCAACCUUCCGCUCUGGGACUAUCGUAUCAACCCGGCUGCUCCACUACUCUACAUCACCCGACCCAGUGAACUAGAACCCGGCCCACUCCCUGCUGAUAACUGGACCACCUUCCUGUCGAACCACAGCACCUAUGAGCCUGUACUGCUGGCCAGCCCCAGGCCUACUGAGUUGUCAACACAUUCCAUUCUUCAGAAGGUGCUGUUAGCUACUGUAAUACAAGACCUGGGUCUUCAUGACGGGAUCCAGCGUGUGCUCUUCGGUGCAAGUCUGUCCUUCUGGCUGCACAAACUGCUGUUUGUGGAUGCAGUUGGCUAUUUGACAGGCAGGAGGCUUAGCCUAUCAUUGGACAGAUUCCUGCUUGUAGAUGUGGAUGACAUCUUUGUUGGGAAGGAAGGGACACGCAUGAAGGUGGCUGAUGUGGAGGCUCUGCUUCACACCCAGACCAAACUCCGUGCUCUGGUCCCCAAUUUCACAUUUAACCUGGGCUUCUCGGGAAAGUUCUUCCAUACAGGUACGGAUGAAGAGGAUGAAGGUGACGACACCUUGCUCAGACACAGACAGGAAUUCUGGUGGUUUCCUCACAUGUGGAGCCACAUGCAGCCACACCUUUUUCAUAACGUCAGCGUGCUUGCAGAUCAGAUGAGACUCAACAAGCAGUUCGCUCAGGAACACGGCAUCCCCACUGACAUGGGCUAUGCUGUGGCCCCUCACCACUCAGGUGUUUAUCCAGUACACAGCCAACUGUAUCAGGCCUGGAAGAGUGUGUGGGGCAUUUCAGUGACUAGUACAGAGGAGUAUCCUCACCUCAGACCUGCCCGCUUCCGCAGGGGCUUCAUUCACAGUGGCAUAAAGGUUCUCCCACGGCAGACAUGUGGGCUCUUCACACACACUAUCUUCUAUAAGGAUUACCCAGGAGGCCCUCAGGAACUGGACAAAAGCAUACGGGGUGGAGAGUUGUUCCUUACUGUGCUUCUCAAUCCGGUCAGUAUUUUCAUGACCCAUCUGUCUAACUAUGGUAACGAUCGCCUCGGUCUGUAUACUUUUGAGUCUCUGGUAAAGUUUGUGCAGUGCUGGACUCGCCUGCGCUUACAGACUCUGCCACCGGUACGCCUGGCUGAGAAAUACUUCCACAUCUUCCCUGAUGAGAGAGACCCCCUGUGGCAGAAUCCUUGUCAUGAUAAGAGGCAUAAAGACAUCUGGUCAAAAGAGAAGACCUGUGAUAGGCUGCCCAAGUUUCUGGUUAUUGGGCCUCAGAAAACAGGGUCAACUGCUCUGCACGCGUUUCUUUCCCUCCAUCCUGCCAUCACUGCCAGUUCAUUCAGCCCUGUUACAUUUGAGGAGGUGCAGUUCUUUAGUGGAUCAAACUACCUGCGUGGAAUCGAUUGGUACAUGGACUUUUUCCCAGUGCCCUCUAAUGUGAGCACAGACUUUCUAUUUGAGAAGAGUGCUAAUUACUAUGACACCGAGUCUGUCCCAAAGAGAGCCGCAGCACUGCUUCCCAGAGCCAAAAUCAUAACCAUCCUCAUCAACCCAGCUGAUAGAGCGUAUUCCUGGUACCAGCAUCAGAGGGCUCACCAGGAUCCUGUGGCUCUGAACUAUACAUUCCAGCAGGUGAUCUCUGCAGGUUCCUCCUCUCCUGCAGCACUGCUCACUCUGCACCGCCGCUGCCUGCAGCCGGGAUACUACAGCAGCCAUUUAGAACGCUGGCUCCAUUACUACCAGCCCAGUCAGCUUUUGAUUGUUGAUGGACUCCAGCUGCGGUCCAAGCCUGUGCAGGUGAUGGAGAGCGUGCAGAAGUUUCUGGGUGUUACACCCUUCUUUAACUAUACUCAGGCACUCACGUUUGAUGAGAGUAAAGGCUUCUGGUGUCAGAGGCUGGAUGCAGGCCGAACACGCUGCCUGGGCAAGAGCAAAGGCAGGAAAUAUCACGAUAUGACCCCAGAGUCGCGAGCCUUUCUGUCGGAGCAUUACAGAGAGCAGAAUGUGGAGCUGUUGAGGCUGCUGAAGCGCUUGGGACAGCCUCUGCCCAGUUGGCUCCGGGACGAUCUCCACAACGCCAGCUGGAGCUGACACCAAGAAACACGAUGAGGAGUUGAAGCCCAUAUCGAACCACGCUCCACCCCGGGGCACACAGGGUCGUGCCAUUGCAGGACAGAGGACAUUCGAUUCUCCCUGUGUCCCAACACACACACUGCAGGUCCAACCAGGACAAGUGGACGCCUGCCGUGUGUGUUAGAGCUCGAACCCGGCUUAGAAGGGAGCUGAGAAUCAGAGUUUGUACACUUUGAGGAGGACUGUACACCUAUUUAAUUGCCAAGAUAAGGACAUAAGAGCUAGUUAGUUGCAUUUUGGAUAACUGACAGAGAAGCUCAUUCAUUUGCAUUGUGGGAAAUGGUGUUUCACAAUGAAUCCUUCGGCUAAUGAGUUGAAUGCGCAGGGUCUCAGAAAGGUCAGAAACACUUAGCGAAGUGGUUGCGAAGAAAUUCAGGCUGGUCAUAGUGAGCUUUUUAAAUUCUGCCAAGCAGAGAAGUAUUCGAGUGUGUGUCACCCAAGAUAUCAGACAUUUGCUGAUGUUUAAAAUUGUCUCAAUUUGUAAAUGUCAGAAAUAGAUUCUGGCUUUUUCACAACCAGCUUCAUACCACUGAACUAAAACAUUCCAGGGCCAGAGUAUAUAUGGCCACUGCACUUUUCAAUAUGGUUUAUAUAUUAGAUUUUCAAAAGAAAUGAAGUAGGAAUGUUUGAACUAUAAACCGAGUUGAGUUUUGGGAUCAGUGACUGGCUGGCAUGUUUCCCAGUCUGAUCGGUCACACUACCAUCUCACUCACAUGAACGUGUUUGAAGAAUGUCAAAACCGUGCUGAUGACCAGAUAUGGUUUUGUUCCAGUGUUUAAUGUAAUGAGGUCAGCAGUGUUUCCGACAUAACUUGCCAUCUCUAACCGUGCCAAACUAAACUGCUGGUGCUCAAAAUGAGGUAACCUUGCCAAAAAACCCCCAGAUGUGUUGUGUCUGAGACUUGCCAAUGAGAGUCAGGCUGUGUGUAUGUGUAUGACUGUGUUUGUGCAUAUAAGUGACAGUUAGUUGCAGUAGCUGUACUGUACAUCAACACUAAUAUAUUCUGUUGUCUUUGGUCAACUUGAAAUCAGGUAAAAAUGCAUAUCUGCAAAUAAAUGCACAGGACAAAGGCGCUCGGGUGUGUCCACUUCCAGUUUCUCCUGUUGUGUGUGUUUAGUGGUGUGAGUGAAAGGAGACGGAAUGCGUUAUCGGUCUUGUAGCUUGCUUUAUCAGAUAGUAGGAGGAGUGCAGAGACGAAACAGUUUGAUUAAUUGCUUGCCGAAACGAGAGACUCGGCCUCCAUUUCAGGGCUCUGGGGUCUAGGCAGCAAGAACGGCCCUUAAAUAAGUCUGCUCCAUUCCUUUGGGAGCCCCAGACAGUACACUGUGUGCUGACAGGUAGACGGAGGAAAUGUGUGUGUGAGUGAGAGAGAAAAGAGAGCGAGAGAGAGAGCGCGAGCGAAUAUGAAUGAGUGGGACAGCAACAAUCUCUAUACAGAACAUCUUUUUGGGCAGAGAAAAUGCGUCCCACUGCCGCAUAAUUAAGAAUAAUUUCUUCAGAAAGUACAUUAAUUGAUUUAUAUAUGCCAAUAUUUUAGUUCCUUAAUUUUCAUAAACAUUCUCAUUAUUGGAAAACACUUGGCAGGAAAUACUGCAGAUUUAUUCACUGAACAAAACCCCAGUGAAGAUCUUCGAGCAAUCAGACAAGCAUUCAAUGGUUGUCAGGUCAUGGUUUUAUUAAAUGUAUGAUCAUGCAAAAUCCAGCAUUCAUAUACGUAGCCCAAUAGUAUACCAUUACAAUGCAAUAGAUUUACUCAGAAUGAGGGGAGCAUACAAAGCUGAGUUGUUGUUUCCUUUUUUUUGUUACUUUUUUCAUUUUUAAAUAUGGUACAUCACCUAGUCAUCAUUUCCAGAUGGAGGGAUUUUCAUGUCAAGAGAUGCAACAAGAACAAUUUUUUUCCUAUUUUUUUUUUUAAUCACACGGCAGAGAAAAUAUUCACCAAGAAAAGAGAACAUGCAUAAUCAUCAUAUUAAUUAAGCUGCAUAUUUGGACUUGCCUUGGAUUGGAUUGGAUAGGAGAGGAAAGCCAGAAGGUGCUGGCUCAGGGUUUUGUUCCCAGCUUUAGGAGGAGGGACCUCUGUUCUAGAAAUCUAUCUAGCCUAUCUAUCAGUUAAUGUGUCCUCAUUUGUUUAGUUUUUUUGAUCCAUUUUCUUUUCAGUUCUACAAAGUUAAAGUAACUGACAACAUACAGAAAAAAUAACCUCGCAACUGUUUUUUUUUUUUUUUAAAAAAAACAAAAA